UUCCUGGUGAAGGACUAUCUCAAUUCCUUUUUAUCAGAAAAGCAUGGUGGGGUUCUUCAAGAAUCUCACUUUCAGUCACUUUGAGUAAUGAUAAAGCAAACCAGCAGGGCAUGGCACCACGAUCUCUUCGUCAUACUCCCAGACGGACUCCACGCAAGUUCUUUUAUCUCUUACUGUUGAUAUUCGUGCCUGCAUGUAUAUUUGGACUCUUUAUAGAUUACCGGAAAGUUACAUAUUUCCUCCGGCCACUUUGGGAUACGCCUCCAGCUCCGUUCACAUGGCUGCCACACUACUAUGCAGAAAAUGUAAGCAUGGACCAUCUCUGCCACCUUCAUGGCUGGUCCGUGCGUGCCACUCCACGCCGUAUUUUUGAUGCCAUCAUCUUCAGCAAUGAAAUAGACUUGCUUGAUAUCAGGUGGCAUGAACUUUAUCCAUAUGUCACAAAAUUUGUAAUCAUCGAGGCAAAUACUACUUUCACUGGAAUCCCUAAACCUCUCUACUUUGCUUCAAAUCGGAACAGAUUUGCCUUUGCUGAUGAAAAAAUUGUGCACUAUGUCUUUCCUGGCACAACUCGAAGCGGAGAUUCACAUGCAGACCCCUUCAAAUUUGAGAGAAUGCAACGUGCAGCUAUGGAUGAUUUACUUCGGCAGGCAGGGAUUUCCAAUGGCGAUGUCCUGAUAAUGGCGGAUACUGAUGAGAUCCCUAGGCCGCAGACGUUGAAACUGUUGCAAUGGUGUGAUGGGAUCCCUUCUAAACUGCAUUUUGAGAUGAAGCACUACCUGUACUCAUUUGAGUUCCCAAUGGACAGCAUCUGGAAGACUGCAUCUAAUAUCUACGGCCCGAAUACCAGGUACAUGCAUUCGAGGCAAACUGAUGACCUGCUCUCUGAUGCGGGAUGGCAUUGUAGUUUUUGCUUUCGGCACAUUGAGGAGUUUGUGUUCAAGAUGGGAGCUUAUAGCCACGCAGAGCGUGUGAGGCGGAGAGACUUUCUGGAUUACAGAAGAAUACAGAGGCUCAUUUGUCAUGGUGACGAUCUUUUCGAUAUGUUACCUGAAGAGUUCACAUUCAAGGACUUGAUCAGGAAGAUGGGAUCGAUUCCCAAAUCAGCUUCUGCAAUUACCCUUCCUGCUUAUUUGAUAAAGAAUGCGGACAAGUUUAGGUACCUUCUCCCUGGAGGCUGUAUCAGAGAGACUGGUAGCUCUUCUAAUUUUCCUAAGGAUAGUAGUUAUUCUGAUCCUAGUGUUUUUUAGGAAAUCCAGAUAGUUUACACUGCAAAGUUGAUGAGAUUAGGACUCCUAUGAUUUGUGAGAGAAUCAAAUCCAGCUUCAAAUACUGAACGACGGACAAUUGAAUAUCUCCUUUUAUCCCAUACAGGGUUUGCUUUA